UUCAAAUUAUCAUCAGAUUUUGUUCUUUUCAUCAUUCUUUUGCACCUUUAAUUUUCUGUUAUUGUUGUUGACCGUAUUUUUUUAUUAUUUGUUUUUGUGAAAAGUUCUACUUAAAUAAAAAAGAAAUUCCGAAAAAAUAGAACCAACCAGUAGAAAAUAGUACCAAUAUGAAUAAGUUAACAAUUUGUUUUAUGCUAAAUGCAAUGUUCAUAUGGAAUGCAUUAGCACAACAAGCUGCCGAUGACAGCAAUCUGGCACCACUACCCGAGCAAACAGCAUUCAAUGAUAAAACCGCACCGUAUGCGCAAAGUAAUUUAGCAUCACGACUAUAUCAGGAUUUUAUACAUCAAUUGUAUCGCUUUGACAAAGACAAUUUGAAGCGUGUGGAUAAUUUAUUCCAACAGGCCGGCAACGGUCAAACAUUUAGUGGUAACAGCAAUAACAAACCGUCAACUGUCAUUAGUGAGAAGAAACAACCAACAUUUGAAGAUUAUAUUCGUACACAAGAACCACCAACAAGCUCAAUAUUCGGUAUUUCACAAGAUUCAACAAAACGUUAUAAACGCAGUGCACAGGGGGCGAUAUUCCGUCCACUUUUCGUUUAUCGGAUAUUUCAGGAACGGAGACUAGCACGUGAGGAAGAACGCAGACGACGCCGUUUGCUAGCCAAUCGACGACGACUUUCGAUGUCUACGUUGAUGCAAAAGGAGCAAUUACCAUUCAACUAUUGAUAAUAUACCUACAACAAAUUAUAUAGAGCAUAAUUAAGGAUAAUUCACAUUUGAACGCCAUUCAGUACGUUGUUUUUAUUCUAGACCGUUCAUUUAGACUUUAAGCUUUUGAAAGAACG